GCAGCCCAGCUGCUAGCGAAGACGGCGAAGGGGCGCGGGGCUGCUGCCCCGCCCCACGCGUCACGUGCAAGAGGAUGCUAACUACCCCCUCCUCUUCCCCCAGCGUCCCCUCCGCCUCCCGGGCCUCCUCCUCCCGGUGAGGGUGUGCAAGGCAGACCGCGCGACGGGGAGCGAGCGAGUGAGCGAGCGGGCGGGCGCUGCUAGAGCCCGCAGCCCUGGCGCCCGCCGCCGCCCGGAGUUCCGCAAUAUGCCGCCGCGGCCCUCUGGCUCUCGGCCAUGGCGAGGCUCAGCCGGCGCGUUCCUUGCACCUUGCUCCUCGGCCUGGCCGCGGUGCUGCUGAAGGCGCGGCUGGUCCCCGCGGCCGCCAGAGCGGAGCUCAGCCGAUCCGACCUCAGCCUCAUCCAGCAGCAGCAGCAACAGCAGCAGCAACGGCAGCGGGAGGAAGCUGAGGAGAAGCCAGAGGUGCCAGAGGCAUCCUCCAUCGCCACUGUUCCAGUGUCUGUAUUUAUGCUGAAAGUCCAGGUGAAUGACAUCAUCAGUCGUCAGUACCUGAGUCAAGCAGUUGUAGAAGUGUUUGUAAACUACACGAAAACAAAUUCCACAGUAACUAGAAACAAUGGAGCAGUGUUGAUAAGAGUACCCUAUAAAUUGGGACUCAGCUUAACCAUUAUUGCUUACAAAGAUGGCUAUGUGUUGACACAUCUGCCUUGGAAGACCGGAAGAAUGCCAAUAUAUUCAUCAGUUACACUUUCACUGUUCCCGCAAAGCCAAGCAAAUAUAUGGCUAUUUGAAGACACUGUUUUAAUUACUGGAAAAUUAGCUGAAAUACUGGAAAGAACUUGCGAACUCCUUUCCAGAUCAUACCUCCUGCUGGGCUCUAGUGAUGCCAAAUCUCAACCAAGUGUUCAGUUUUCAAAAGCCUUAAUUAAACUACCUGACAACCAUCACAUUAGUAACGUUACAGGCUACCUUACAGUUCUACAGCAGUUUUUGAAAGUGGACAAUUUUCUGUACACAACUGGAAUUACUCUUAAUAAGUCAGGUUUCGAAAGCAUUGAAUUGACUCCUCUUGCUGCAAUAUGUGUGAAAAUAUAUUCUGGAGGAAGAGAAUUAAAGGUUGAUGGCUCUAUUCAAGUUUCUCUCCCCCUUCUACAUACAAAUGAUAUAAGUGCAGGGGACCAUAUACCUGCCUGGACAUUUGAUAUGAACACAGGUGCUUGGGUAAAUCAUGGUCGGGGAAUGGUUAAGGAAAAUAACAAUCAUUUAAUUUGGACAUAUGACGCACCACAUUUGGGCUACUGGAUAGCAGCUCCACUUCUAGGAACUAGAGGGUCAGGUAUAAAUGGAGACUCAAAAGACAUAACUGCCUACCACACAGUGUUUCUUACAGCCAUAUUAGGAGGAACAGUAGUCAUAGUCAUUGGAUUUUUUGCUGUACUUCUUUGUUAUUGCAGGGAUAAGUGUGGUACUACACAAAAAAGAGAAAGAAAUACCACUAAACUUGAGGUCCUCAAGAGAGAUCAGACAACUUCAACAACUCACAUAAAUCACAUCAGUUCAGUCAAAGUUGCAUUAAAAACCGAGGACAAGUCACAGUUAUUCAAUGCCAAAAACUCCUCGUACAGCCCUCAGAAAAAGGAACCAUCCAAGGUAGAAGUGGAAGAAAGAGUUUCCAUGGUAAAAACUCGGGACAAUUUAAAAAUCUACAAUGAAGAUGUUUCAUUCUUAUCAGUCAAUCAAAAUAAUUACUCAAGAAACACAACACAGUCUUUGGAGCCCAAUGUAGGGUCCAAACAACCUAAACAUAUUAACAACAAUCUAUCUCCAUCUCUAGGUAAUGCUCAGGAGGAAAAGAGGUAUCUCACAGGUAGUGAGGAGGUGUAUGGGCAUUCCCACCUUCCUGAACAGCUGGUGCACAUCUACAGCCAGCCCAUUGCCAUCCUUCAAACAUCUGACCUUUUCUCCACUCCAGAGCAGUUACAUUCCGCUAAGUCAGCUACUUUGCCAAGAAAGGGACAGCUCGUCUAUGGCCAAUUGAUGGAGCCAGUAAAUAGAGAAAACUUUACACAGACAUUGCCCAAAAUGCCAAUGCAUUCUCAUGCACAGCCGCCAGAUGCCAGGGAGGAGAGCAUCCCACUCGAAGGGCAGCAGAGCUUGCCAUCCCAAACUUCAGAUUGGAGCCGGUAUUCAAACAGCUUACUAGAAUCCGUUUCUGUUCCUGGAACACUAAAUGAAGCUGUUGUCAUGACUCCAUUUUCAUCAGAGCUUCAAGGAAUUUCAGAACAGACCCUCCUAGAACUGUCCAAAGGAAAGCCCUCCCCUCAUCCCAGAGCCUGGUUUGUGUCUCUUGAUGGAAAGCCAGUCGCACAAGUGAGGCAUUCCUUCAUUGACCUGAAAAAGGGCAAGAGAGCCCAGAGCAAUGACACGAGUCUGGAUUCUGGGGUGGACAUGAAUGAGCACCACUCAAGCAGGAAGCUCGAGAGGGAGAAAACUUUCAUCAAAAGCAUGCAUCAGCCUAAGAUCCUUUACUUAGAAGAUUUAGACCUGAGCAGUAGUGAGAGUGGAACCACUGUCUGCUCCCCCGAGGACCCAGCUUUAAGGCACAUCCUAGAUGGAGGGAGCGGAGCCAUCAUGGAGCACCCCGGGGAAGAGUCCCCAGGAAGGAAAAGCACCGUUGACGAUUUUGAAGCCAACAUAUCCCCCACUAAAAGAGGGGCAGACCACCGCUAGCCAAAAAAGACAGCAAGACUAAUAUCUGGAGGAAGCGAGAGGAACGCCCACUUCUUCCCAUAAAUUAACACCAAGAGUGGUUGUGUCUUCGCAGUCUCCUGCUGUUUAUUCUUGCUUCUUGUUGUAAAUUGCAGUAUGAACUUGAGAAGUUGAGACUGAGCAAUCUCAUGGUCCCUGGACAUGUCUCAAGCAGAGUAAAUAGUAAAAUGGUAAUUCAGUAGUGAGAGAGAGAUACCAAGAAUGCUUUUUCUGGCCUAUUCUUUUCAUUUAUUUUUAGGUGAAUGAAUUAAAGUAUCCAAGAAUGCAAAAUGUAAAAUUAACCUCAAGAUGUUUGUUAUCUGAAAAUGUUGCUCAGUCAGCAAGUUUAGCCCCGACUCUGAAGAACAGUGAAAAGUGUACUCCUAAAGUUGCUUCCAAAAAUGUUGCCUCUGCUUUGAUGACUAACCCUGUGAAACACUUAAAAAUGAAACUGUAUUCUUUAGGCAUCAAUAGUCUUAUGAAAUGUCACUACUAUGUUCUCCAUUACCUAUACUUUAAAAUAACUUGAUAAAUAUUCUGGAUUGGUAUUAUUCUAGAGUUCAAAGCCAAAGCACAUUUUUUCCCCCAAUAAACAACAUGUGUAUUGUAUCAACCCAGAAAUAUAUUCCAUAUUCAUAUAAGAUGGGCAAAAAGCUACUUGGUUGUGAGAGAGGGAAAUGCCAGCUCCUUGGUUGUUUUGGGAUAUAAUAACCUCAUAGAAUAAAGACAUAUCCUUAUAUUUAGAAACCAGAAUUGAAUGCUCUGAUACUGAAUUUUUAAAAAUUUCUUACGCCUUCCCCCGCCACCAAAAUUUCACUGAACUUAGCUGUCAAGGAAAACUUCUUACCAGUCUAAAAAAACUCCCAAACAUUUCUCCCCCAAAUCUUUAGUUUUAGACUUACUCUAAUACAUGUAGGCUAAAAUCAGUUUUAAGAUAGUUCUUCUAUUUAAAAAAUUCAGUCAAAUGCUAUUAAACUUGAAAAUCAAUGAACUGAAAGUUUCUUGUGAACACCAAAAAAUUAAAAUAUGUGGAG